AUGCGGAAAUCUCCAGCGCAAAUAUAUAAAGGGAACACCGCUGAGGGGAGUACAUCUUCUCUCAAUCUUUUGCCACUGCACUAUAACAAUCAACUAACAAACAACCAAACACACACACAUAUAUAUACAAAAAUGGUUAAGCAAAUCACCUCCUCUGCUGAAUUCGACUCUGCUAUCGCUGCCGACAAAUUGGUCGUCGUCGACUUCUUCGCCGUCUGGUGUGGUCCAUGUAAGUUGAUCGCCCCAAUGGUUGACAAGUUUGAACAACAAUACGAAAAUGCUGCAUUCUACAAGGUCGAUGUCGAUGAAUUGUCUGAUGUUGCUCAAAAGAACGAAAUCUCUUCCAUGCCAACUUUGCUAUUCUUCAAGAGCGGUAAGCAAGUUGCCAAGGUUGUCGGUGCUAACCCAGCUGCCAUCAAGCAAACCAUCGCUGCUAACGUUUAA